AUGGAAAUUCUUCACGUUACUGGUCAACCAUUUAAUGAUUAUAGUAUUGAGGAAUAUCAAUUCCAUACUUACCAACCAUACAUUCCUGGAAAGUUAGGAUAUAAUGAUGAAAUUCGUAUUCCUAUUCAAGAUCUGGAUGCGCUAACAGUUCCAGCAAAUAGUUAUCUCUAUAUCGAAGGUCAACUUCUUACCCAUGAUAAUAAAGUGCCAACAAAACUAAAAUUUAUUAAUAAUGCUAUAGCUUACUUGUUUCGUGAAAUACGUUUUGAAUUAAAUGGGGUAGUGAUUGACUCAGUACGUGAUGUAGGAUUAGUAUCAAGUAUUAAAAGCUACCUUAGUCUUAACGAAAACCAAAGCCUGCAAUUGCAAAAUGCUGGGUGGUUUCCAAAAAGGAGUAGACUGGAAACUAAUAAAGAAGUCCCCACAAACAAUGUGUUGGUGGAUUCACAUGGAAACUUUAACGUCUGUAUUCCAUUACGAUUACUACUAGGUUUUUGUGAAGACUUUACCAAGGUCAUCUUAAACGUUAAAAUGGAGUUAAUACUAAUUCGGUCAAACGAUGAUAUUGACGCAGUAGUAAGCGAAGAUGAGAGCGAACGACCAAAAAUUGAUAUUACUAAAUUAAAUUGGGAAGUGCCACAUGUUACUCCUAGUAUUCGAGAACAGUUGCGACUUAAUAAGAUUUCACAUUCAAAUCAAGAACUUCCUAUUAAAUUUCGUAGUUGGCAAAUGAUUGAAUAUCCAGCCCUAAAUAACUCUACACGACAUACAUGGUCAGUGCGAACCAGUACAAAAAUUGAAACCCCACGACACAUAAUUGUAGCUUUUCAAAAUAACAGAAAAUCGAAAUUAACAAAAGAUAUGAGUAAAUUUGAUCAUUGCACUUUAAAAAAUAUCAAAGUGUUUUUAAAUUCUGAAAGAUAUCCCUAUAAUGAUCUUCAAAUAGACUUUAAAACUAAUAGGUUUGCCAAACUAUAUGAGAUGUUUGCUAAUUUCCAGGAAAGUUAUUAUCAUAUGACCUUAAACCAACCCAUAUUCAACCCUAAUGACUUUCAAACGAUUGCCCCGCUUGUACAUAUUGACUGUUCGCGCCAAAAAGAAGUGGUCCAGGUUGGGUCCGUUGUGCUACGUAUAGAAUUUGAAACAGAUGAACCAACAACCUCUGAUAUCUCAGCAUAUUGUCUAAUACUCCAUGAGAAAGAAUUCACAUAUAACCCACUAACAAAAAUUGUGAAACAAUUAUAA